AUGGAGCGUAUACCUAUCAUAAUAGAUACUGACCCUGGGAUAGACGAUGCGCUUGCACUUCUUUUGGCUCUGUCGUCGCCUGUUUUAGAAGUCAAGGCAAUAACAACAGUCUUUGGAAACACUGGAGUAGACUUGACUUCACGAAACACGCUGACAGUACUUCACAUUCUCGAAACUGAGGUUAACCAUAUUAAGAAUGCCAAACCACCGGAAGGAGAUGAUAAGAAAUGGGAGAAAGAAAUGGAUACAAUGACUACUGUCAUUGCUAAAGCCAAACCGAUAAUCGCAAUUGGAGCCGAUAAACCUUUGGAAGCGAGGAGUUCUCAUGGUACUUAUUAUCACGGACAAGACGGCCUGGGGGAGAUUCAUACUACGCACCCUUUCUACACUCCACCGAACUGGGAAUCUAUACUCAAGGGCGAAACAACUUCUCAUCUGUAUACCAUUUCUUCUCGAUCAUCUGCAGAUGAAAUCCUAUACCAACUACAGACUGCUCCUCCACUUACUGUCACUAUCAUAGCGCUUGGGCCUCUGACUAACUUGGCCUUGGCAUAUAAGAAAGAUCCAGAAACAUUUUCAAGAGCUGAUAGAAUAAUAUUACUAGGAGGAGCAGUCUAUGGGCAAGGGAAUACUACCCCUGUGGCAGAGUUCAACUUUUUUGCUGAUCCGCACGCAGCAAAUGUGAUUAUAGGAGCCACGAAGGGCUAUGAUCCAAAUGAAAGUAUGGAUCAUAGGAGAAAGGAACUUGAAGAUGGAAACGCUAUACCAUUGCACGUUAUCAUGAUCCCCAUAGAGGUAUCAUCAAAGAUCCUUCUGCCCAAAUCGUACGUAACCGACUAUGUGAAACGGAGGCAGUCACCUUUAUCUCUGUUUGUGUCAACUUUUCUCGAACAUGCCUACACCAGUACAUCUUCGAGGGUUAUCCAGCUUCAUGAUCCGGCUGUCGUCGCGAUGUUGAUUGACAUCAUAAUGGGACGAUCACAUUGGAAGACAGAAUUUACAGACGUAAGAGUAGAAUCGGAGGGCUAUUAUACGAGAGGCAUGUGCGUUGUAGACAGAAGACCAGAGCCAAUUUUUGCUGAUGUGGAAACCUUUCGCCAGGCAUCGUUUGGAAUAUGGACUAAACAGUUUGCAAAUAAUGUGGAACUGUGUGUUGGAUGUGAGCCAGGGAAAGUGUUAAAGGAUUUUUUCAAGGGCGUGUUUAACGUCGAUAUCGAAGACGGGCUCGAAAAAUAG